AUGGACAUUAUCAUGGUAGGCGCCUGCUACCUAGACACCAUACUAACCGUACCACACUACCCCGAGGAGGACAGAAAGCUGCGUGCAUCCAACCUGGAAAUAAGACGCGGCGGCAACUGUGCCAACUCACUCGAGGUGCUUCAGCAGCUGAUUGUGCGCCGUGGCGAGGACCAAGAUACCCUGGACCUCUCGUCGACAGCCGAGGAGACGAAGAACCACCUACAUCUCGUGUCAUGUUUACCGAAUCGAGACAGCCCAGCAGCCCAGCAGGUGAUACGGUCGUUUGGAAGUGCGACGCCCGUCAGCUUCCGGCACUGCAUCUACCGCGAGGAAGCCGCAGAGGCGGCGAGCAGCUACAUCAUACGGAGCAAGGAGACGGGUAGCCGAACGUUGGUCAACUACAACGCGCUCGACGAAAUGACAGUUGCAGAAUUCGAGGCCAUUGCUCGUAAUUUCAAACCCGAGAGCAGAUCCUGGUGGCACUUUGAGGGUCGCAUACCGGACACCACACUCGAAUGCAUGAGGAUUUUGCGGCGCGUCCUGCCUGGAUCAAAAAUCAGCGUCGAAGUCGAGAAACCUGGUAGAGAAGGCCUGCGCGAGCUGGCCGCCGAGGCAGAUGUUGUCUUUUACUCCAAGGCGUGGGCAGAGAUUCACUGUCCUGUCGAGCAACAGCCAGACGAAAUUGCCGUGGUCGACCGUGGAGAUGCAGGCUGGGAUGCGCGUCGCUGCGUGCGCUUUGCCGUCGACCUGGCCACGCUCAAGGUGCAGCGCGAAGGCUUUGCCGGGCUGGGGGAUGCCAUUAUGCAUGUCCAGAAGCGCCAGCCUGUGACAACCGUGUGA